UGUAGAAAUGACGCUUUUGCGCUCGCACUACUGAUUGUAUCACCCGCCAUAGGGCGCUCCCCGAUAAACAAGCAACAGAAUUGGUAGUCAACCUGCAGGAAUGUUUAGAGAGAGAGAGAGAGAGAGAGAGAGAGAGAGAGAAGCCACUUACCAAUUUUGCUCACUAGUAUUGAGAUACUGCCAGAACUGUGCUGUUUAACAUUGGCUUCCACUUCCGCUCAGUCCUUUGCUCACUCUAAAUCAUGAAUUAUUUAAUCGUUCUCUCAGCGUCAGUCGCAGUCCUCCUCUCCAUAGCCUUGUUUCCUCUGCUCAGCACCAACUAUUUCUGGAAUUUGAGAGGACCCCCAUCAUUCUCUUCUUCUUCUUCCUCGUCUCCGUCGGUUGCAGAUUUGUUUGUCACCAAUGGGUUUAUCUACACUAGUGAUUCCUCUCUCCCAGUUGCUGAUUCCAUGGCUAUUCGCGCCGGACGGGUUCUCCGUGUCGGCAACCAUUCCUCUCUUCAGGAUUUGGUAGGACACGGAACUGAAGUAAUGAAUUUAGAGGGAAAAGCUGUGGUUCCUGGAUUUAUUGAUUCUCACGUGCACUUGCUUUUUGGAGGACUGCAGAUGGUGCGGGUGGAACUCCGAGGCAUGAACAACAAGGAUGAGUUCAUCAGAAAAGUCAAGGAUGCAGUAAGAAAUCUGAAACAUGGCUCCUGGUUAUUGGGAGGUGGAUGGAAUAAUGAUCUUUGGGGAGGGGAAUUUCCAAUGGCCUCUUGGAUUGAUGAUAUUACACCCCACAAUCCUGUUUGGUUGUCAAGGAUGGAUGGUCACAUGGGAUUGGCUAAUUCAAUGGCACUGAAAAUUGCAGCGAUUACUAACAACACAGGAGAUCCAGAAGGUGGAGGUAUAGUAAGAACCACCGAUGGAGAACCAACCGGGUUGCUGAUUGAUUCUGCAAUGAAGCUCGUUUUAUCAUGCAUCCCAGAGGUCUCAAUAGAUGGAAGGAGGGAAGCUUUGGUAAGAGCCAGCAAUCAUGCCCUGACAAAGGGUGUGACAACAAUAGUAGAUUUUGGAAGAUAUUUUCCUGGCACAUCAGCAGAACAUCCAUGGGAAGAUUUUUCAGAAGUGUACAGAUGGGCGGAUAUUUCUGGACAAAUGAAGAUCAGGGUUUGCUUAUUUUUUCCAAUGAGUACCUGGUCACGGUUACAAGGUCUUAUCCAUGAGAAAGGUCGAAAGCUGAGCAAAUGGCUUUAUUUGGGCGGCGUGAAGGCUUUUGCUGAUGGAUCAUUGGGAUCUAAUAGCGCACUCUUUUAUGAGCCUUAUGUUGAUGAUCCUCAGAAUUUUGGCUUACAAGUUACAGAUAUGGAAAGUCUAUUCAAUAUGACCGUGGAAUCAGAUAAAUCUGGGCUUCAGGUUGCCAUUCAUGCUAUAGGUGAUAGAGCAAAUGACUUGAUCUUGGAUAUGUACAAGUCUGUGGUUGCUAAAAAUGGGAUGAGAGACCGAAGAUUUAGGAUUGAGCAUGCUCAGCAUUUAGCACCUGGGACAGUAGGCCGAUUCGGUGAAGAAGGAGUUGUUGCUUCAAUGCAGCCUGAUCAAUUACUGGGUGAUGCUGAUUCUGCAAUUAGAAAGCUCGGGGCGGAAAGGGCUCAGAGAGGAUCAUAUCUAUUUCGGUCACUCCUUGCUAGCAAUUUGUCAUUUGGAUCUGAUUGGCCAGUUGUAGAAAUUAAUCCUUUAAGUAGUAUAAAGACUGCUAUGAAAAGAAUACCGCCUGGUUGGGAAAAUGCGUGGAUACCAUCAGAGUGCAUCAGUCUGAGUGAUGCAUUAAAUGCGUACACGAUCUCAGCUGCCCGUGCAUGUUUCCUUGACGAGGAGGUGGGGUCACUAUCCCCUGGAAAAUUUGCUGAUUUUGUUGUGUUGUCUACUGAGUCAUGGGAUGAGCUCAUGGCUGAAGGAUCUGCAUAUGUCAAGGCUACAUAUGUUGGUGGCGUACAAGCGUAUCCCUGAAAACCAUUGGGCAUACGGCCUGACAGGCCUUACCUUUCCGCCGGAGCUUCAUGGGCGUUGCCCCGUUCCCCAAUCAGAACAGUGGGAAAUAUAGGGCCAUUAAAGGAGCAAGUCUGUAGGUUGUAUAGUGCCAUAAAAGGAGCAAAUCUGUAGGUUGAUCAUUUAAAAGCAUGCCCUGCAUAUUUCUUGUGAUAAGUCCGUAGUUUGCUUGUUUAAAAGGAUGCCCAAUGCACAUAUCUCGCCUACCCCUAAAAUCGUCGUAUUUAGUGGUUCCCAAAGCUACAUUUGCAGAGAAUGUAAUUUGGUUGUUGCUGAAGGAAGUUUGUAUUAUUUAAAGGAUGUGAAACAUCAAAGACUUUGCUAAAUUGCUUCUUGAAAUCCAAAACACUUCAUGACCUCCA